AUGUUCGAUCCGAAUCCGAAAAAUGGUAUGAAUGGUUUACCCGUCAUAAUACAACCGUCGGAAAUGACGAAAAUGAAAGCUUUGUACACUAUAAAUAGGUUCAACCUUUUGGCAAGCGAUAGGAUACCGUUGAACAGAACGUUACCCGACGUCAGAAAGAAAAGGUGUUUGACAAAGUAUCAAAAUCUUCCGGAAUUACUGCCGACUUCGGUCGUCAUAGUUUUCCACAACGAAGCUUGGUCAACGCUGUUGAGAACCGUACAAAGCGUCAUCGAUAGAUCACCGAGAGAAUUGUUGACGGAAAUAAUAUUGGUCGAUGAUGGUAGCACGAGAAAAUUUUUAAAAGAGGAUUUGGAUGAAUACGUUGCUCGGCUACCCGUACCCGUCAAAGUGAUAAGAACAAAGGAAAGGGAAGGUUUGAUAAGAGCAAGAAUGAUCGGAGCGAAAGAAGCCAAAGGUCAAGUUUUGACAUUUUUAGACGCUCAUUGCGAAUGUACCAAAGGAUGGCUCGAACCACUUCUUGUUCGCGUGUCAGAAGAUAGGAAAAAAGUCGUCUGUCCCGUCAUCGAUAUUAUAAACGAUGACACUUUUGCAUACGUCAGAAGUUUUGAACUUCACUGGGGCGCAUUCAAUUGGAAUUUACACUUCAGAUGGUACACAUUGGGAACCACGGAAAUCAAGAAGAGGAAAAAUGACGUCACCGAACCUUUCCCAACUCCAGCGAUGGCGGGAGGUUUAUUUGCAAUCAGAAGAGAUUAUUUUUACGAAAUCGGUGCCUACGACGAACAAAUGAAAAUUUGGGGAGGAGAAAAUUUAGAAAUGUCUUUCAGAGGGUGGCAAUGCGGAGGAUCCGUAGAAAUCGUACCUUGUUCUCACGUUGGACAUUUGUUCAGAAAAUCAUCGCCGUAUACGUUUCCGGGAGGAGUCGGUGAAAUCCUUCACGCGAACCUUGCACGUGUCGCUUUGGUUUGGAUGGACGAAUGGCAAGAAUUUUUUUUCAAAUUCAAUCCGGAAGCGGCUCGUCAAAGGGAUAAGCAAAGCGUGAGAGCGAGAAUCCAACUCAGGAGUCGGUUAAAGUGCAAAAGUUUUGAAUGGUAUCUGGAUAACGUUUGGCCCCAGCAUUUUUUCCCGAAGAACGACAGAUUUUUCGGAUUGAUAAAGAGCGCAAGUGAUAAUAAGUGCCUUACGAGACCUCACGGACCACCGUCAACAAAUCAACCGACGGGAGUCGUCACUUUGACUCCGUGCAAAGAAACUUUGGAACAUUUUUUCGUUUACACGAAAUUCAGCGACGUCAUGACGGACGAAUCCGUUUGUCUGGACUUGCUGGAUAAAAACGAAAUGAAAGCCAAAGUUAAAGUGAUGGCGUGCAGCGGUUCGCCGAGGCAAAAAUGGAUGUACGACAAAAACAGUCAAAAAGUAACACACGUUAAAACCGGUCUUUGUUUGGAUGUUUUCGAUGACAAAGCAAUCGUUACAAAUUGUAGCGAAAACGCAUCUCAGAAGUGGAUCUUUCAACCCGUGCAAUGGAGAUGA